ACAUUGCACAAUUUAGCAAAUUGGUAUUGUGUGAUGAUAACAUUACUCGUCCUCUUGAGUCAGCUAUCUUCCAUUGUGCUGACGAAUGCGCCAAUAUUGAUCAUCGAUGGGCUGUUGAAUCUGCUUCUGAUGGAAAACCGUUUGCAAUAUUUAUGCAAGACAAAUAUUCGAAAUAUGAUACAAUGGAUCCCAGUGUCAGCGGACCAACACUUUUAGAGUGGUACAAUAUAACACUUCGGUCAGUCAGUAGCUAUGCUAAUGACUAUGAAAUUAUUCUCGUUUUCUUCACUGUUCGACGUUUUACGGGAAAUAAUCUUCACAAGAUGCCUCAGUUGCUUCUCAUUGAUUUAGAUUGUAUUAAGGACUACCUUUCACCAUCAUUUGCCCACCGUGGCUUAGUAAUACCAUAA